GGGCAGCGAGAUCCAUCCGGGCGCCCUAGAGAGGCCAUCGCAGCUCGCAGACCCUGGAGACCCGUACACUAGUCCCUGCCCUCCUGGUUCCUGGGCCCGGCUGGUGUCUUUGUGUCUUAGCUGCCUUCUUUCCUGUGCCCCCCUCCCUGGUUCCUUUCAGACCCUCAGCUUGGGCUUGGCAGGCAAGGCCUCUGGCCCCGCUGUGCCCACCUCCUUUUGGCUUCUUGCCUCCCUGCCUGCCUGCGGGCAGCCAGAGGACAAGCCCUGUCCAGAAAAGCUUGACCUUCAUCUCAGCUCCAUUCCCUUCAAACAGCCAUGGUAUCCAGAUCCCCUCCAAAUGGGGCUCAGGGGCUGCUCACCUUUGAUGAUGUGGCAGUCAUUUUCUCCCAGGAGGAAUGGAGGCACCUGGACUGUGCUCAGAGAGCACUCUACAAGGAUGUUAUGUGGGAAAACUACAGGAACCUAGCAUCUGUGGGAUUUCCCAUCUCCAAACCAGAGCUCAUCUUAUGCCUAGAACGGGGUGAAGAACCAUGGCUGCCUGAUGGCCUGGGAUCUUCAGAAAGGAGAAGGAUCCUAUUCUUCUGCAUAGCAGGGAACAAGCCAUGGACUCCUCCCAGGCUUCAGAAAGGCCUGGAGGAAGUGGGGGCCCUCAAAGGACACAUUUCCAGAGAUUGGCCAGAUAGUCCAUCUUCUCCAGCAGAGGACAAACUGGGGACUCCUCCCGGGGUUUGGAAGGGCCUGGAAGAGGAGGGGGACCUUGAAGGACAACCUUCCAGAAUGUGGAUGGAUUGUCCACCUUCUCCAGCAGAGGACAAGCCAGGGACUCUUCCCGGGGUUUGGAAGGGCCUGGAAGAAGAGGGGGCCCUUGAAGGACAACCUUCCAGAGCCCUGCUGGAUGGGAACAAGGCCUUUGUAGCUGCCCCGACUCAAAUUAUCUACUGGUGCACAUCAGACAACAAGGAACUGAUCCCCUGUUCUGUGGACUUCACCCCGCUGCAACCCCCAGGCCGCCCCAACCUUUACAAGUGCUCUCAUAGCAGCAAAGAUUUAAUCCAUGUCUCCAACUUCUCUCGUUACCAGCAAACCUAUCAGUGCCCUCAGUGUGGCAAGCAGCUCAGCUGGAACUCUGACUUCAGCCGCCACCAGCGCACCCACAGUGGUGAGAGGCCCUUCAGCUGCCCACUUUGUGGGAAGCGCUUUGGCCACAGCUCUGACUUUACCCGCCACAAGCGCACACACACUGGUGAGAGGCCCUACAGAUGUUCAGAUUGCCCCAAGUGCUUCAGCCGCAACUCGGACCUGAUCACACACCAGCGCACCCACACAGGCGAGAAGCCUUACUGCUGCGGAAACUGUGGCCGGGGCUUCAGCCGCAGCUCGUCGCUGGUUACACACCAGCGUGUUCACACGGGUGAGAGGCCCUACCAAUGUCGAGACUGUGGCAAACGUUUCAGCCUCAGUCCGGAUCUUAUCAAGCAUCAACGGAUCCACACAGGGGAGAAGCCUUACAAAUGCAGCCACUGUGUCAAGUGCUUCAGCCAUCGAGCCAACCUCAUUACCCACCAACGAGUCCACACAGGUGAGAAGCCCUACAAGUGCCGAGACUGUGAGAAGAGCUUCAGCCAGAGCUCACACCUCAUUAUUCAUCAGCGGGGGCACACUGGGGAACGCCCUUAUCGCUGCAGUGACUGCAAGAAGAGCUUCAGCAGCCGCUCCUACCUCAUUACCCACCGCCGAGUCCACACUGGUGAGAAGCCAUAUUCCUGUGGAGUGUGUGGGAAGAGCUUCAGCCAGAGGACCAAUCUUCUCACCCACCAGAAGCUACAUGGGAUGGAGAAGGGGGUAGUGGGAGGGGCAGCUUCCAAUGGGAUUACUAGGCUAGGGAGAGAAGCUUGAGCUCCUGUCCCACAA